AUGAUUACAACAGAACAAACAGCAACAACCACGACAGUGCCAACAACAUUACCAACAACAGCCGAAGCGAAACCAACAACAAUAGAAUUGGCAACCACAGCAACCACAGUAGUACCAACAAUAACAACAACAAAAUUACCAAUAAAAAGCACAACAGAUGUGCCAGUUAACACAACUGGAUCCCUGACAGGUAUCACAAACGUACCAUCAACAACAAUCACAACAGAACCAACAACUACCACAAUAAUUCCAGCCACAAAAACCACUGCAGUGCUAGCAAACACGACGACAGAAAGAACAACCACAACAGGACCAAAAGCAACAACAAAAAUCACAACAGAACGCGCAACAAACACAACAGGUCAAAUGACAACGAUACUGGAGCCUAGAACAAUCACAACAGUACCCACAACGACAACUAGAAUACCAUCAACAAGCACAGCAUUACCAAUAGCAACAACCACAGUAUCAACACCAGAAACGACAACAACAAUACCAACAACAAACACAACGAAGCCUACAAGAACGAUCACAACAGAACCAGCCUCAACGAUUACAACAGAAACAAUAGCAACAACGAGAAUAGUCCCACAACCUGCCACAGCAGAAACAACAACAGUGGAACAUACAGAAUUAAGCACAACUAGAGUACCGUCAAAAAUAAUUACCACAGAACCAACAACUACAACAUCAGCCACAAUAGAACCAACAACAAGCACAAACUCUUUGGCAACACGCACAACAAUAACAAAUGCAACAACCGCAACCGAACCAAGAACAACAAAAACAGAACCAACUACAAUCACCACAGCAAAACCAAAAACCACAACAGAACCCAUAGAAAUAACGAAACCCACAACUGCAACAAAGCUUACAACUACAACAAACACGACAAACAUGACAAAGCAACCAUUCCUUACAGAACUAACAAGAUCUACAACAGAACCAGCAAUCACAAGACAAAACAAUAAAACAGCAACUAAACCAAUAAAAUCAACAAAACCAACGACCACAACAAAGCCAACAACUACAACAGAACCAACAACAACUACAUCAGAAAAAACAACCGUAACAGAACCAACAACAACAACCACAACAGAAACUGCAACCAAAACAGAACCAACAACAACUACAUCAGAAAAAACAACCCAACCACUAGAGAACCAGCAAUCACAAGACAAAACAAUAAAACAGCAACUAAACCAAUAA